AUGGAAAAGGGGGUCUUUAACGCUUUUUGGAGGGUCAUAUGGAUUUCUUUCUGUCUAAUAUUGCUGAUAAUGUCCAAAUUUCAAGGAAUAUCUGCUCAGAUACGGUACUCAAUUCAGGAGGAAUCAAAACUGGGAACUGCUGUCGGAAAUGUAGCCAAAGACCUUGGCUUGGAGCUCGGAAGACUGGGAGACAGAAACCUUCGCGUUGUCUCGGGAACAAAGCAGGACCUCUUUAGGGUGAAUCCGAGUGAUGGAUUUCUGGUUGUCAAUCAGAGAGUAGACCGAGAGGAGCAGUGUGCAAAAAUGGUUCCGUGCAUCACAAGUCUUAAUACAGUUAUUGAAAAUCCUCUCGAAAUGCACCAGGUGAUGGUGGAGAUAUUGGAUGUGAACGACAACUCGCCAAAAUUUCCGGAAGAAAACUACACAUUGGAGGUGCUCGAGUCCGCGGUAGUUGGGUCUCGAUUUCAAAUAGAGGGAGCGCAUGACUUGGAUGUAGGUGAGAAUUCAUUAUAUUCAUACAAGUUAAGCCAUAAUCAGUAUUUUAGAUUAGAAACGGAGGAAUUUGGAGAGGACGGAAAGAUUCCGUUUCUAGUGUUACAGCGGCCUUUGGACAGAGAACACACGGCUCAACAUUGGCUUUUAUUAACAGCCACUGAUGGAGGAAAACCAUCAAAAUCAUGUACGAUCAACAUAACUGUUGUUGUAUCUGAUGUAAAUGACAACUCUCCAGUCUGUGAUAAACAAAAAUACACCAUAACGAUAAAGGAAAACGUUCCACCUGGCACAUUUCUUCUGUCGAUUAACGCAAUUGACUCGGAUGAAGGGGUGAAUGGUGACAUUGAAUAUUCUUUGAGGAGUAAGUUCAGAGGACUCGCGUCUGACCCGUUUGAGUUGGACAGAAAAACCGGAAAGUUAACAGUGAAAGGAAAUCUUGAUUAUGAAGAAAAGCAAGUCUAUGAGCUUAAAGUUUUGGCUUCCGACAAAGGCGCCGUGUCUCUCUCGACGCACUGUAAUGUGGUCAUCAGAGUGGUAGACGAGAAUGAUAAUCAUCCAAAAAUAGACAUUACAUCCAUUUCCAGUCGCAUUCCAGAGGAUGCACCUCCGGGCACAGUGGUGGCAUUAAUUCGUGUGACGGAUCUUGACUCAGGUGUGAACGGACAGGUGGCCUGCAGCGUGCCCAGUCACUUACCUUUUGAUUUGAAGCCCUCUCCUGACGGUCAGUCAUACUCUAUAGUCACGAAGAACUACUUAGACAAGGAAACAAUGCAUAUGUAUAAUAUUACAAUAACUGUUAAGGAUUUAGGGAGUCCUGCCUUAUCAUCCACAAAGGUGAUACAUGUCACUGUAACAGAUGUUAACGAUAACAGGCCAGUGUUCAGUCAUAGCCCAUAUACCUUCUACGUGAGUGAAAAUAAUAAAGCAGGGAUGUCGAUUAUAUCAGUAACAGCGACUGAUGCUGACGCAGAUGAAAAUGCAGCAAUCAUAUAUUCACUCGACAGGACUUCAGGGCCCAGUAUAACCGCUUUCUUAAAUGUCAACGAACGUGACGGGACGAUUUCAGCGUUAAAAAGUUUCGACUUUGAGACUCUGAAAAAAUUCCAGUUCCAAGUUGUGGCCGCAGAUUCUGGAACUCCGCCACUCAGCAACAACGUGACAGUCAACGUGUUCAUUCUGGAUCAGAACGACAACGCUCCAGUCAUCCUGUAUCCACUCAGCUCCAACGGCUCUGCUGAAGGUGUGGAGGAGAUUCCCCGCAAUGUCAACGCAGGGCACCUGGUGACUAAAGUCAGAGCCUAUGACGCUGAUAUAGGAUAUAACGGCUGGCUGUUGUUCUCACUGCAGGAAGUCACUGACCACAGUCUGUUUGGUUUGGACCGCUACACAGGACAGAUCAGGACACUUCGUUCAUUCACAGAGACAGACGGGGCUGAACAUAAACUGGUCGUACUGGUCAAAGACAAUGGAAAUGUUUCACUGUCAGCAACAGCGACCGUGAUUGUCAAACUUGUGGAGGCCAAAGAAGCCUUUGCAGCUUCUGAUGUGAAAAGUGCAGCAAAAGUUGAGGAGGAGGACAAUGUUACAUUUUACCUGAUGAUCACUUUAGGAGCCGUUUCUGUACUUUUCAUCAUCAGCAUCAUCGUGCUGAUUGCAAUGCAGUGCUCCAAAUCCACAGACUACACUUCUAAAUAUCUACAAGAGACGAAUUAUGAUGGGACACUGUGUCACAGCAUUCAGUACAGAUCUGGAGAUAAACGGUACAUGUUGGUUGGACCCAGGAUGAGUAUUGGAUCUACUAUAGUCCCUGGGAGCCAUGCAAAUACUCUUGUGCUACCUGACAGAAGAAGGACUUCAGAAGAGGUAAGCCCCCCUUUCUUUAAUUUUAACAAGAACAUAGUCAUUUUUCGAUGA